GGGGGGUCCUGUGGUAUGAGAGGAAGACAUUGUGGAUUAAAUGGCGACUCGUAAAGAAGGAGCGUGCGGUGGGGUCGGGUUGGGACUGGUGGCUUUGCUGCUUCCUAUUUCAGGAGUUUGGUGCUUUACUGAACUGUUUUUCGCACGUGAACCCCAGGAUGUCAUUGCUGUCCGGAAAGAUCCUGUGGUUCUUGAUUGCCAGGCUAAUGGAGAGCUUCCCAUCACCAUUGUAUGGAUGAAAAAUGGAGUGAGAUUAGUGGACAGUGAGCGGAUAUACAAGUUAUCAAAUGGGUCUCUCUAUAUCACUGAGGUUGAACAUCGGAGAGGAGAGCGAUCGGACGAAGGCCACUAUGAAUGUUUGGCAGAGAACAGUUAUGGAGCCAUUCUCAGCCAGAAAUCCCAUCUUUCUGUUGCCAGUAUGACUCCAUUUGAGGUGCAACCAACCAAUACAGUGGCCAGCAAAGGGGAGGUAGCACGAUUUGUUUGCAAGAUACAUGCCAAUCCUCCGCCCAUCAUAACCUGGGAAUUCAACCGGACGACACUGCCACUGGUGACGGACAGGAUAACUGUUCUGCCGACUGGAGUCCUUCAGAUAUACGGGGUCAAGGAAGCAGAUGCUGGGCAUUAUCGCUGUGUUGCAACUAACAUUGCAAAUAGACGCAGGAGUGUGGAGGCUGGUUUAACCGUUAUACCAGCUCUGGCAGCAAAAACCUUUCAGAAACCAAUGAUUAUAGCGGGUCCUCAAAACAUCACUGUGCCGGCUCACCAAACGGCAAUUCUCGAAUGUGUCGCCAUUGGUUCCCCGAAGCCCCUCGUAUCUUGGAGUCGUUUAGACCACAAGUCCAUUGACGUCUUUAACACACGAGUUCUAGGGAAUGGGAAUCUGAUGAUAUCGGAUGUGAAGGUGCAGCACGCUGGAGUGUACGUCUGUCGGGCAACCACCCCAGGAACACGUAACUACACUGUAGCCGCUGCUCUGCUCACUGUGUUAGCUCCUCCAGCUUUUGUUGAGUGGCCCGAGAGCCUGACCAGACCUCGGGCUGGGACAGCCAGGUUUAUGUGCCAGGCAGAAGGUAUUCCCACACCGAAAAUCAGCUGGUUGAAGAACGGAGAAAAGAUUCAUUCCAAUGGACGGAUCAAAGUCCAAUACAGCAGCAAAUUGGUGAUCAAUCAAAUCAUUCCUGAAGAUGAUGCCAUUUACCAGUGCUUGGCCGAGAACCCACAGGGCUCUGUCCUUUCGGUGGCCAGAUUGAUCGUCAUCAUGUCCGAGGACAGGCCCAGCGCACCUCGGAAUAUCCGGGCAGAGACCGUGUCCAGUUCGGGGAUUCUUCUGUCCUGGGAACGGCCCAUGUACAACUCGGAUAAAGUCAUUGCAUACUCAGUGCAUUACAUGAAGGCAGAAGGUUUAAAUAAUGAGGAAUAUCAAGUGGUCAUUGGGAAUGACACAACUCGUUACAUUAUUGAUGACUUAGAGCCGGCCAGCAAUUAUACAUUUUACAUUGUAGCAUACAUGCCCAUGGGAGCCAGUCGCAUGUCGGAGCUUGUCACUCAACACACUCUGGAAGAUGUCCCUCUGAGAGUACCGGAGAUCAGCUUGACCAGCCGCAGUCCCACCGACCUCCUGAUCUCUUGGCUCCCAAUUCCGACCAAGUUCAGGAGAGGGCAUAUUGUUGCCUACCGCGUUUACUACCGUAAGAGCACAGAGAGCGAUGUCCAUUUCCUGGAGCUCCCUGGGAACACUCUCGAGCAUCUACUUGAAAGUGUCGAUCCUGACAGCAUUUACCUCGUCCGGAUCUCUGCAGCAACGAGUGUGGGAUGGGGAGAUUCUUCGGUCUGGACAUCUCACAGAACCCCAAAGUCCACCAGUGUCGAAGUCCCCCUGGCUCCAGAGUUACAGUUGGAGCCUUCGAACUGCACAACCAUCACAGUGAGGUGGAAGAAGGCGGAGGAGAACAGCGUGAAGAUCCAGGGAUACAGGCUCUUCUAUAGGGAAGAAAGCCAACAGGAAACUGGGCCAAUUUCACUGGGCAUGCAAGAUUCCCAUUAUACCAUCAGUGGGCUAGAUCCUCGACGGAAAUACCACAUGAGGUUGCUUGCGUACAAUUAUAUGGGUGAAGGGUACCAGGCAGAUCAGACUGUGAGCACCCCUGGAUGUGUGUCUGUUCGAGACCGCAUGGUUCCUCCCCCACCUCCGCCUCAUCACCUGUACGCAAAAACCAACAGUUCGUCUGCCAUCUUCCUGCACUGGGGGAAGCCCGCCUUCACCGCCGCUCCAGUCAUCAACUACACUGUCCGCUGCAACCCGGUGGGGCUGCAGAACGCAUCACUGGUCAUGUACCUUCAGACGUCUGAAACGCACCUGCUUGUCCGAGGUCUGCAACCAUUGACUAAGUACGAGUUUGCGGUCCGUCUCCACGCAGACCAGCUCUCCAGCCCCUGGAGUCCGGUGGUUUAUCAGACGACUCUGCCAGAAGCCCCAGUCAGCCCUCCGGCAGGAGUGAAGGUCACUCUGAUAGAAAAGGAAACGGCUCUGGUUUCUUGGAAACCUCCAGAGGACACCACCACAGCCAUCACUCGCUAUACCAUCCUUUACGCUUCCAGAAAGGCCUGGAUUGCGGGUGAAUGGGAAGUGCUACACAGGGAAGGAACGAUAACCAUGGCUUUGUUGGAGAACCUUCUCCCUGGAAACAUCUACCUCAUUAAGAUAUCCGCAACCAAUGAAGUAGGAGAAGGGCCCUUUUCGAGCACUCUGGAACUGGCCAUUCCUCCGAAGGAAACCGUAUACCUCAGCCAGGGACCUAAGUGGUCUGACUCUCACAGCAGUGGAGAUGCCAAAGCGGAUUCCGACGGCUUUUAUCACCUGGACCAAAAAUCAAUGACUGGAAUUAUUGUUGGAGUUUGCAUUGCCCUAGCUUGUAUCAUCAUUUGCAUCCUUAUCCUUGUUUAUAGAAGCAAAGCCAGAAAAUCAUCCGCUAUCAAGGCUGAGCAACAGGGAAACAUCCAGCUGGCACAUGUGACCAGACCACUGGUCAAUGGAAACCAUGUGCAGAAGAGUCAGGGGGCUCAGCAAGAGAAUGGAGAGAGCUUGAUGCCGAUGAUGGCUGGGAGUGACUUUUUGGAUACCAAGGGUGGAACUGACAUGAUCAUCAGGAGCUCUGCCCAAGUCGACGAAAAGCCCAAAAAGUGGUCAUUUUUUAGAUCUGUAAAGAAAUCGUCGAAGCCACCCAAAGAGAAGCAGUCACUGCGAAGAAACGGCCGGGACCUGAGCUCUUACCACCUGACGUCUGCUGUGCUGACCCGUGAGGAAUCCGAUUGCUCCAUGCUCGCCCCCCCCAUGUCCCUGCAGGCCGUGUUCAGCGCUGCGGGCGACACCGAGUGCUCCCACAACAGUGAAGGGAGCCAUGAAACCGCCGACUCGGGGAGAUACUCGCACGACUCCAGGGAGGAAAUGGAAUUGGCUCACCUCUCGUCUGUCACCUGUACCACACCCAACUUCGAGGGCCCUUUCCUGCCCACCGAGGUGGCUGGCACACCUGUGUCACCCGCCUCAGAGAAAGCCCAACUCCUGCUGAUUGUUUCACACACGACGACAACUACCUCAGACCUGCUGGCCUCACCAGUGCGUCCGAUGUCUUCUCUAAAAACUGCUGGUGGAAAUGACGACAACCAAUUUCUAAUAUAGGCGGCCCGACUGUAUUCCGCAGUAAUUUAUCUGUACAAUGGACAAUGUGCAGGGAACCAAAGAACACUCGGGAAAGCAAAUCUGGGUCUUUUUACACCUCCAGAUUCUUAACAUGCUUUUGUUUUUAUGAAUGUUACAUUUU